AUGGACUCAGUUAUAGAAUAUGAAAUCAGAAAAGUGACAUAUGAAAAUCAAAGGGGACCAAAAAUCUUCAGUUGGAAUAAACAACACAGUCAAAAUAAUGUAAGUAUCCACACCGGAGAGAAAGCACGCAAAUGCAGAGUGUGCGGAAAGACCUUCAGUCAGAGUCAGCAGCUUAUUAAACAUCAAAGAAUCCACACAGGGGAGAAACCAUAUACAUGCAUGGAGUGUGGAAAAAGCUUUGGUUGGCGUCAACAUCUUAUUAAACAUCAAAGAAUCCACACAGGGGAGAAACCAUAUAGUUGCAUUGUGUGUGGAAAGAGUUUCAAUCAAAGUCAUCACCUUACGUCACAUGAAAGGACCCACACAGGGGAGAAACCAUAUAAAUGCACAGAGUGUGGAAAGAGCUUCAGUGCUAGUGGGAAUCUUACCACACAUCAAAGAACGCAUACGGGGGAGAAACCAUAUACAUGCAUAGUAUGUGGAAAGAGCUUCAGUCAGCACUUUGGUCUUACUUCACAUCAAAGAACCCACACAGGAGAGAAACCAUAUAAAUGCGUGGACUGUGGAAAAAACUUCAGUUGGCGUCAAGACCUUACCAAACAUCAAAGAAACCAUACAGGGGAGAAACCAUAUAAAUGGAAGGAAUGUGGAAAAAGCUUCAGUUGCAGUAGCCACCUUACUUCACAUCAAAGAACUCACACAGAAGACAAACCUUAUAAAUGCUUCGAGUGUGGAAAGAGCUUCAGGGAGAGAUGCGCCCUGAAGGUGCAUCAAAGAAUUCACACAGGGGACAAACCUUAUAAAUGCUUUGAGUGUAGAAAGAGCUUCAGUGACAAUAGCAACCUUACCUCACAUCAAAGAAGUCACACAGGGGAUAAACCUUAUAAAUGCUUUGAGUGUGGAAAGAGCUUCAGUCAGAGUAGCAACCUUACUUCACAUCAAAGAUGUCACACAGGGGACAAACCUUAUAAAUGCUUCCAGUGUGGAAAGAGCUUCAGUCGGAGUAGCAACCUUACUUUGCAUCAAAGAAGUCACACAGGGGACAACCCUUAUAAAUGCUUGGAAUGUGGAAAGAGCUUUAGUCAGAGUAGCAGCCUUAUUUCGCAUCAAAGUUGUCACACAGGGGAUAAACCUUAUAAAUGCUUUGAGUGUGGAAAGAGCUUCAUUCGGAGUAGCCACCUUACUUCACAUCACAGAACUCAUACAGGGGACAAACCUUAUAAAUGCUUGGAGUGUGGAAAGACCUUCAGUCAGAGUAGCAGCCUUACUUCGCAUCAAAAAUGUCACACAGGGGAUAAACCUUAUAAAUGCUUUGAGUGUGGAAAGAGCUUCAGUCUGAGUAGCCACCUUACUUCACAUCACAGAACUCAUACAGGGGACAAACCUUAUAAAUGCUUGGAGUGUGGAAAGAGCUUUAGUCAGAGUAGCCACCUUACUUUGCAUCAAACAAUUCACACAGGGGACAAACCUUAUAAAUGCUUUGAGUGUGGAAAGAGCUUCAGGUGGAGUACGGACUUUACUCGACAUGAAAGAACUCACACAGGGGACAAACCUUAUCAGUGCUUGGAAUGUGGAAAGAGCUUCAGUCAGAGUAGCAACCUUACUAAGCAUCAAAGAACUCACAAAGGAGACAAACCUUAUAAAUGCUUUGAGUGUGGAAAAAGCUUCAGGUGUAGUAGCACCCUUACGGUGCAUCAAAGAAGUCACACAGGGGACAAACCUUAUCAGUGCUUAGAGUGUGGAAAGAGCUUUAGUCAGAGUAGUUACCUUACUUCGCAUCAAAGAAGUCACAGAGGAAACAAACCUUAUAAAUGCUUGGAGUGUGGAAAGACCUUCAGUAACAAUAGCAAUCUUACUUCGCAUCAAAGAAGUCACACAGGGGACAAACCUUAUAAAUGCUUCGAGUGUGGAAAGACAUUCAGGUCAAGUAGCACCCUUACGGUGCAUCAAAGAAUUCACACAGGGGACAGACCUUAUAAAUGUUUAGAGUGUGGAAAGAGCUUCAGUCGGAGUGGCCACCUUACUUUGCAUCAAAGAACUCACACAGGGAACAAACCUUAUACAUGCUUGUAGUGU